AUGGACGAAGCAGCUUUACGUGCCAUGAUGCCCAUUUCGUUUGGCAAGAGGAGAGCGCAGCAGGCGAGGUGGGCAGCUGCUUCAGCGACGAAUGCGGAUGCGAAUGCGAGUGUGAAUGCGGAAGGGCUGGCAGCCGUUGGUCAGGACAAGGAAGAGAACGAUCUCAGUUGCAGCGUGUUAGGGAAAAGAGUGGCUGGCACAGACGAGGCCGACGCGGAUGCGGACCAGGACGAUGGCUUGACGCCAGAGGAGCGUGCUGCGAACAGGGAGGCAGAGAGACAAGAGAACGAGAGGCGAGCAAAAGGGAUCGCUUCCGACGAUUCCGACGAUUCCGACGACCAAGAUUCUGACGAUGACCAAAUAGGACCGCCGCUACCGCCUCGCACAUCUUCAUCUCGAAUCCCGCCCAGGUCGAUGCCGCCCAUUACACAGACGGCCACUUUGAGUGGUAUCCACGCGAAAACGCUGUCUGCACUCGCGGUCGAUGCCUCGGGCUCACGCUUUGCUCUUGGCUCGUACGACUCGUAUCUGUCGCUGUACGAUUUUGGAGGCAUGACAUCGAGUCUUGAGCCAUUCCGACACUUCGAGCCGACGCACGAGACUUACCCGAUCGUCGAUCUGAGUUUCAACACCAACUCGUCCCACCUGCUCGUAAUCAGCGCUACGCGCGAGGCCAAAGUAUUCACUCGAGACGCUGCCGAAAUCGGUACGUGCCGUAAAGGUGAUCCGUACCUUCGCGAUAUGAGACGAACCAGUGGUCACGUUUCCGCACUCACAUGCGGCAUGUUCGACUCACACGAGCUGGCCAAAUUCUACACGGGCGCUUCGGACGGUACGGUACGUAUCUGGAGCGAGGAAUCCAUGCACAGAGCUCAGCACGAUAUGAUUGUGCUCAAGAGUAAGAGUCGAGGCACAAGGACCAAGGUUACCGCGAUCGCGUGCGAGCGCGAGCGCAUCUGGGCGAGUGGUGAGGAUGGCGCACUGCGCAUGUGGGAUUUGAGGGAGAACCUCAACGGCCGACCGAGGCAUUGCGUCGAUGCGGCACACGAGCCCGAUUCUUGGACGAGCUGUAUCGCGACGAGUGGCGAGACGGUGGUAACGAGGGGUGGCGAUGCAACGGUGAAAGUGUGGGAUGCGAGAAAACCAACAAGGCCGGUGGUGGAAAGAGCGGAUUUGGCCAACGCAUCGGCACAUACAGGCGUCAUCUUGGAUCCUUUCAACUCGCGCAGUCUGAUCACUGGCGUUUCAGAUCGUGUUCAAGCGCGGCGCAACGGUGGACAUGACGACUUGGUUUCGGCCGACGACCGAACCGACUCAAGUAUCGUUGUCCUCGACGUGCUCGAUCUCUCCACUCUGUGCACGCACACCACGUCGAGCACGCCGGUUCGACUGCACUGGUCGUCGCACACCGACCAGCUCUUCGCCACGCACCGAAACGGCUCUCUCUCGAUCCUCUACAACCCUACGCGAUCGACCAACGGCAUAACACUCGCGCUUGCACGUCGCGCCCACUCUCGUCCUCAAAGCCCCACCGCCGACUCAUACGCAAUCGCCACCCACACCACUUCCACCGCCCCAAGCGAGUCGGCCAAACGUCGACGACUUGCACGUGCCCGCCAAGACCCGCACCAAACUCUGCUCCCACAACCACCCCUCCACGGCCCAGGCAAAGCCGGUCGCAUCGGCGCCGGCGUCCAGCAGAGCUCCGUCCAGAACCUCUACCGCAAUCCAGACGACCUCAACAUCGACCCCAGAGAGGCGCUCCUCAAAUACGCCAACCGCACCGCCCACACCGAGCAUCACCUCGACCCACACCACCAAUAUAACCCCCCACCCUAG